ACAUGCUCUGCAAAAAGGUUACGAUAUUUUUCCCCAGUGGACCUUCACUUGUCACUGUCAUAGCCUCCGCCGCAGUCCACAUUACGUGUAUCACUGUUACCCCAUGCUUAUCAUGUGCUCAAUGCUAUAUCAUCCAGUUCAAACUCAUAGUCAGAUUCAAUCCCUUAAGAAGAAAAAUUUUGGUACCACGUCCAAUUACACAAUUUUGCCCAUAACUUGUCCAUACUAUCACCCUCUACCAAUCACAAUUUGUUAUUUGGACAAAUUGUAGGUAAAAUUAUACAAUUAGCUGUGACACCAGAAUUAUUCCUUACAAAAAGAGAGGAGACAAACCUACUUAACUCCGUACUUUGGCUCUACUUUUUUCACCAAUUUCACUCUCUUUAGUCUGAGCUCUACUUGUGUGUGCGUGUUUUUCUCGGUUUUUAUACGUGGAUGAUGAGCAAGAGAGCCAAGAGUUAUAAUUCAGAUAUCACAGAGAUAAUGUUUCCUUGUGAUUUUUGCAACUCAAUAGCGGCAGUGUUGUACUGCAGAGCUGACUCGGCGAAGCUCUGCUUGUUCUGUGACCAACAAGUCCACUCUGCCAAUGCUUUGUCUCUCAAACACGUUCGCUCUCCAAUUUGCGACAGUUGCGGAAUCAAACCUGUCUCAGUUUGGUGCUCCAUGGACAACCUCAUGCUCUGCCAACACUGUGACUUGGACUCCCACAACAAUUGCUCUGUCUCAUCCCUCCAUAACCGAGUUCCAGUCGAAGGGUUCUCGGGUUAUCACACAGCAAUUGUGCUGGCCCCUAUGUUUGGGAUUGAUCUGGAGGCUAACAAUUUGGUGAAUACAAAUUCUGGGUCUUUUUUACACGAGCAAAAGUUGGUGAAUUCACAUGAAUUCAUGGUCCCAAGUGAUGAUUCCUCUGUGUGGAAAGGACAGGGUUUGAGGUGUGGAAAGUGUAGGGACGAGGUGUAUGAGCAACUGGUGGAGAUGGGAAACAAAGAUCGGAUGAGAGUGGAUAAAGAUGGUGAAGAUUUAUGUCCCAAGACACCUCCAAGUGAGUUUGCUCAGUCUCAGCAAGCGAAUUUGGAGAGUUUUGAGCUGCAAAAUGAGGAUGAUGAUGAAGAAUUGUUAAGGCAACAAAAGUCGCUUGCAUCUUUGCUCAUGGUUCCAUCGAAUGUGGAAGCGAAAGAGAGUGAUUAUUAUGUUGCUGAAGGAGAUCUUUUGUGGGAUUGUAAUCCCACCUAUGACUUUGACUAUGAGGCCAGCCAGGCGUGGGAUUUCCAGUUGGGAGAAUCAAGACACUGUGAAAAGCAUGAUCCACAAGCAGCAAAAUACGGUGAAAACAAUCCUGAAUUUAUGAUCAAGAAUUAUGUCAAUUUUAUCCAAGAAUCUUCCUUGACAAAACCAAAGAAUCACUCGAAUCAUCCCUUGUCAAUCAAUAAAACCCCAAAAGAAGAAAGCUUCAACAAAUCAAAAGUAGAAUUACCACCAAAAGUCCAUGUUGACUGAACCCAAAACAUGCAGUAGCACCAGCCAUGUCCCGGCUAAGCAGCAACCUCUCCUGGCGAGCAGUGAUAAUGUGAAUGGGGUAAUUAAAAACUUUGAUAUGGAAUUGCUGGCACAGAACAGAGGCCAGGCCAUGUUGCGCUAAGGAGAAAAAGAAAACUCGAAGGCAUAGUUCUUCGUUCCUUCUUGUCAUGUCUUUGUAUAUCUUGUUAUGUCUCUAGCUCAUUUGUUUGUCAUUUGAAAAUUGGACUAAAUUCAACAUUCAUAUCUGAUAUAUAGUUUGAUAUAAUGCAAACAGGUAUUAUAAGUACAUCCGAUACGAGUCCAGGAAGGCCAGAGCUAAUACCAGAAAGAGAGUAAAAGGUCGAUUCGUGAAGGCAAGUGAAACUCUUGAUCAUGUUGAAAUGUAAUGCUAAAGCUUUGGAGAAUUUCAUCCCCAAAUUCAGUCUGCAAAUAUAAAUAUUUCCCAGUAGGAAUUUCAUUUAGAUGGCAUAAUGUCUAAGUUAGUGUGUAGAGCGUAUCUCUAUUUCUAUUGCUUCGUUUGUUAACUCCGAUUGAUUCUGGCAGUUCGUAGGUUAAAUUAAUUGGAGUUGUUUUUAUGUUAAAAUACAUGAUUGACUUUG